AUUUUUCAAUAGUUAUGGAUUAACCACGACAUGUUUUUAAGAGAGUAAAAGAACGUUCUAUUAUGGAUGCAAAACAGAGUGUGGAUCAAUGGAGAAAGUUAUUCAAAAAUGGAGAAAUUGAUUAGAAUGGAAAUAAGAUAAAAUACAGUUUAAAAUAGGCUGCUGAAAAAGUGGGGGUUCCAAAAAAGACAUUAGAAGAUUAUCAUUAGUUAUUAAAGUAAUAAAAAUAAUUAUUAUUUAGAAAAGCGGAAUUAAUCCUAGACUUAAAUGAAAUAGGGGAUAAAAAGAUGGGAUAUUUGAGAAAUCUAUUAAAAUAUCAACAAUAUUAAUAAAUAGAGUCAGGAAUAUUUUCAGAUGAAGAAAAUAAUAUUUAAUAAAUGUAAGAAGAAGUAUAAGAAAUGUAGUAAUAAUAAUAAUAAUAAUUCCACUUUGAAGAUAUGAUAAUAGAUGGUGAAGUUCCUUAAUGUCAAUUCAAUGAGGAAUCAAUUUAUUACUACAAUUAAGAUGUUUAAACAGUAAUAAUAUACUAAUAACAUAAUAAUGAUAAGAAGAUAGAAAUGUCAUUCAGUGAUUGUGAUGAUUGUGAUACAAAUGAUGAAUUUGAUGAUGAUUGAAUGAAUAUAUAUCAUAAUAAA